AUGUCAUUUGAAUUAUCAGUUGAAGACAAGGCUUUCUUAGCAGAAUGUGAAGAAGAGUUUAAAGACAGAUACACAGAAAAUGAUGAAGAGUUUAUGAAAGUUUUUAAUGCAGAACCCUCUAUUCCUCCAAUAAUUGAAAAUUGGUACAUUUCCAAUAGAUCAGGUGGAAGAUUUACGCCAUACAGCAGAGAUAGGUAUAAUAGAAGCAGAGGGUACCAAGGAAGAAGAGACGAAGGAUCUUAUAACAGAGGAUAUAGAAGAGAAUACAAUGACUAUGAACAAUAUAAUAAAGACAGAGGGCACCAAGGAAGAAGAGACGAAGGAUCCUGUAACAGAGAAUAUAGAAGAGGAUACAAUGACUAUGAACAAGGUGACAAUCAUAAUAAUAGAGACCGUUUUCAAAGAAGACAAUAG